AUGUGGCAUACUUUAUCAUCUUUUUUCCCAGUGGUGCGGAUAAUCAUGUGUGGUCUCUCAAAGAAGGUGGAUACGGAGAAUAAUACACUGACAUCGCUGUCAGACCAAGAGAGCGGUUCUCUGGCCAAACCCAUGAACGAUGCUGAGUGGGAACAUUCAUUUUCCGCCUUGCUUGAGUUCGCUGCAGACAACAACGUGGAGGGCUUUAAGCGGCAACUCUCUGUCGUGUCUUGUAUCAACCAGAUGGGUCUCUGGUACAGACGCCAGAGGUUUGUUAGAAGAAUGGUUGUUGAGCAAAGAACCCCGCUCAUGGUUGCUUCGAUCUACGGAAGCUUGGACGUUGUGAAGCUUAUUCUCUCUUUCCCCGAAGCGGAGUUGAAUCUGUCUUGCGGUCCAGAUAAAAGCACCGCUCUCCAUUGCGCUGCCUCUGGUGCUUCUGUGAAUUCCUUGGAUGUUGUCAAGGUGCUUCUGAGUGCAGGAGCAGACCCUAACAUCCCUGAUGCUCAUGGGAAUCGUCCUGUUGAUGUUCUUGCUGUGUCUCCACACGCUCCUGGUUUAAGAACCAUCCUUGAAGAGAUCUUGAAGAAAGACGAGGUUACAUCUGAAGAUCUGCACGCGUCGUCAUCUAGCCUGGGAUCAAGUUUCCGGUCUCUCUCAUCAUCGCCGGAUAAUGGCUCCUCCUUGCUCUCUUUAGAUUCUGUGCCCUCUCCAACUAAGGCGAACGGUACGGAUGGAGCUUUUGCAUCGGAGAAAAAGGAGUACCCGAUUGAUCCAUCAUUGCCCGACAUCAAGAGUGGGAUCUACUCAACAGAUGAGUUUCGUAUGUUCUCCUUUAAGAUCCGCCCAUGUUCUCGAGCUUAUUCCCAUGACUGGACCGAAUGUCCAUUCGCACACCCAGGCGAGAAUGCCAGGAGGAGAGACCCGAGGAAGUUUCACUACACCUGUGUCCCGUGCCCGGAUUUUAAGAAGGGUUCAUGUAAGCAAGGUGACAUGUGCGAAUAUGCUCAUGGGGUGUUUGAAUGCUGGCUACACCCUGCUCAGUACAGAACACGAUUGUGCAAGGAUGGGAUGGGUUGUAACAGAAGGGUUUGCUUCUUUGCUCACGCAAACGAGGAGUUGCGUCCCUUGUACGCUUCUACGGGCUCUGGAUUGCCAUCUCCUCGAGCUUCUUCUUCGAUUUCCGCCUCCACUAUGGACAUGGCUUCGGUUUUGAACAUGUUACCAGGCUCACCAUCUGCUGCUCAGCAUUCCUUCACCCCACCGAUCUCUCCUUCUGGAAAUGGUGGUAUGCCGCAUUCGUCGAUGGGUUGGCCUCAGCAGAACAUACCGGCCUUGCAUCUUCCUGGAAGCAAUAUCCAGUUGAGCCGUCUGAGAUCUUCUCUGAACGCUAGAGACAUUCCUUCUGAGCAGCUUAGCAUGUUGCAGGAGUUUGAAAUGCAGCGCCAGCUCGUAGGCGAUAUGUCCAGUCCACGGUUUAUGAACCACUCCGCUCGUCCCAAGACACUGACCCCUUCGAACCUGGAGGAACUUUUCUCGGCCGAGGUUUCAUCGUCCCCUCGUUUCUCUGAUCAACUCGCUGUCUCAUCUGUUCUAUCGCCUUCCCACAAAUCCGCGCUUCUUAACCAGCUGCAGAACAACAAGCAGAGCAUGCUUUCUCCUAUUAAGACAAAUCUGAUGUCUUCUCCCAAGAAUGUGGAGCAACAUUCUCUGCUGCAGCAAGCCUCGUCACCCCGAGGCAUGGAGCCUAUUUCCCCGAUGAACUCUCGAAUGAAGCAGCAGAUACAUUCGCGUAGCCUUAGCUCUCGUGAUUUUGGAUCCAAUCUGCCACGUGAUUUGAUGCCGGCUGAUUCUGGUUCGCCACUGAGUCCUUGGUCAAGUUGGGAGCAGAGCCAUGGAAACAAGGUGGAUUGGUCGGUACAGUCGGAUGAGCUAGGUCGGUUAAGAAAAUCUCACUCCUUGGCUAAUAAUAACUCGAACAGGGAAGCAGAUGUUCCAUGGGUUCAGCAGCUGGCAAAAGACUCUGCUUCACCAAGGAACAGCAACCGAGUCAUGAACAUGAAUGGCGCGAGGCCAUUUGUUCAAGGUGGUUCGAGUGUGAACCCUCACAGUGACGGUCGUGAGGGCGACAUUCUUGAUGCGUGGCUCGAGCAGCUGCAGCUGGAUCGCUAA